ACCCACACCCAAUUAAUAAAUAAUGAUCUAUUAACGGAUCCGAAGAUAUCGAAGAAAACAUAUUCGUGUGAGUAGUGACAACAGCUGCAUCGUGUUUCACAUUUUAAUCCCGCAGGGAUUGCGCUAUCAGCUUUUUAAAAUAUAGUGAUUUCUUGAGAAAAAACCAUCGGAUCUAAUAGAAAAAAGCGUUUUAAAGGCCUUUCCGUAAUUUUCUGCUUUGUUUUAAUGAAAUUCGGCUGAGAAAUCUAAGUUUUUCUAAAAAAGGCCUUUAAAGGCCUUUUUUCGAAUCUUUAAAAAUAUAACGAUUUCUUGAAAAAAAACCAUGGGAUUUAAUAGGAAAAGACAUUUUAAGACCUUUCCGUAAGUAUCUGCUUUGUUUUAAUGCAUUUCGGCUGAGAAAUCUGAGUUUUUCUAAAAAAAAGGCCUUUAAAGGCCUUUUUCUUGAAUUUUGUGAAAGACCGCUGUUUCUUGCGGACAAUCCAUGGGAUCUUAUAGAAAAGGCACUUUAAGCCCUCUUUGUAAGGAGCCGCUUUGGUUUAGUGAUUUCUAUGGAGAAAACUCUUUGUUCUAGGGAAAAGGGCUUUAAAGCCGUUUGAUGGCGUUGUCUCUGUCGUGUACGGCUGCCGUGUUUGGCCGUAUUUGGUCGUAUACGGCACGGCGAUUUACGGCCGUAAUACGGCGCAUAGAAAUACGGCCGUGUACGGCCAUAUUUUUGACGUUUACGAUGGUAUACGGCGUCGUAAACGGCCGUAUACGAUCGUUUUCGGUGGUCGUAAUGCUGGACCCGGGUUGUUGGGGGUGCGGCCGUUCACUACCGUAUACGUCCCCCGCUUUGCAGUAAACGCUGAUAUGUACUGCCGUAUACGGUGGAGGUGGAUGUUUUUACAGUUUUUACAGUGUCGUAUACGGUGUCGUAAACGGCCGUGUAGGGUCGUAUCUGGUCGUCGUAAUGCUCGACCUGGGAUGCUUUGAAUCUACUUCAUUGGAACUCAUUCUCACCCUCACAUACUGCUUGUAUCAUAUUACUUUGAAGUAAAUCAGUAAGUGCUUUUUCUCUUACAUUUUUCGAAGAAUAUGAAGAUUCAUAUGCUCGUAUCUAUAAUAAAUGUGUAUCGAAGAUUUAGAGUAUCAUAUACCUAAGGCAGAACGUUUCGGCGAUCGUGUUAGUGAAGUAGCAGAUGGUGAUGAUAAGUAAAAGCUAUUCAAUGAAGGCAUUUGUGAAAUCGAAACGCAUUGGACUUAACUAUUUUAUUCUUUUAAUCUUCGGCACACAUUUACCAGAGAAAAGAGCACAUGAAUCUUCAAAUUUUGCGAAAAAUACCAGAGAAAAAGACACCUGCUGACUAGUUUCAAAAUAAUAUAUUAUGACCGGUGUAUUUUAUUAUCAAUAAGCAUUUGCAGUCAUCGAAGAAAAUGGAAAGGUUCUUACCUGUUUUGUUUUUUGCUGUAUUUUCAGCUGCAAUUGAUAUAGAUUUUGGGACAAGUUUAUUGACAAAACAAGGUAAGAUCAUCUGUAUACAGGAUAAUGUAUGAAAAAAAAGAGGUAACAAAAUGGAGACUUUGAUAAUGAUAAUGUUUUUCUUUCUACAUAAAAGAGACAUGUUACUAGGCGAGGAAAAAUUUCUUCCUUUGCUUCACCUAAAAUGUCUUUUCACUUCGAUAAUUAGCUGACAUGUUUUUGCCUCCUCACCAAAACUUUUGGUUAAAAUAUUUUGAGUUUCUAUUAGAAACGAAUAUUCAUAUUUUCUUGUGUCAAAAGUUCUUUUUAUAACGAUUUAGAUUGUCCAAUAUGUGAGUUGGAUGAUAAAUUCAAUUCUCAGACGAAUUAUUCAUGCUUUACUAUGGGACUUGCUGGAAUGACAAUAUGCACAUGUCCUGAUGGGCAGUAUACAAUGAACUCACGAUGCAGAUUGUGUGAUAGACCAAACAUAUGCGGUUCUGGUGAUAAUACUUAUUGUUCAGAAAAUCCAACUGCGAAUCCACCUGGUUACGUAUGUUUUUGUCCAAAUAAUCAAUAUACAUUUAAUAAACCAUGUUCUGAUCUUACCACAACCACUCCGAAAGUAACAACCACAACGAUAAAGCAACCUAUUCUGAAACCAUACGACUAUUUAUCCCCGUUCAGUACAAGAAUGAAUGUGACAGAAAACGGAACGGUUGCAGAACGAUAUCACAUGGCCUCGUAUGGUCCUGGCGCUGGAGCGACUGGUGCAACAUUAAGAGCUGUUGGUAUUCAUCAAGUAAGAUUUCGUAUUGAGCGAAUGUAUUUAAACAGAAAACUAUUCAUUGGUGUUUAUUCUCCCAAUGCACAAAAUGCACUACUAUCAUUGUACAAGUGCCGUGCGUUUAUAUACGAUGAAAUUGCCAUGCCAACUUAUAGCCAAGCGGAGUGUUACACACUAGCAUCAGGAUGGUUUGGUAAUGAUUCUAUUGCUGUGCGUGGCGUAAUUUAUGACAGUUCAAAUCCAACUGUAUCCGAAUAUACCAGCAACUAUGAACAAUACUACAUGACAAAUGAUGUUGUAACUUUAACUAUGAAUUGUGAAGAAGGCACAUUGACAUUAAAGAAUGAGCGUACCAAUAAAGAAUAUCAUUUGUUUAUUGAUGAUGUUAACACUGCUUGGGCUCAAUUACCUUGGCAAUUAUAUAUUAAUCUAUACUAUCCAGGCGACAAAAUAAAACUUUUGCCAUUGGAAGACAAUUGA